UGUGUUUAUAAACCCUAAAUUAAACCAAGCUUGACAUUUGUGAGACCGUAAAACCCUAAAUUUCAAAAACACAUUUCACCGGAGCAGAGUGUGAUGGGGAGCGACAGUGAAGGAGAGAAAUCGGUGCAAAAAGAGAGAGAGAAGAAGAAGAUGCUUGCGUUGUCUCCCAUUGCUAAACCUCUUGCUGGGAAGAAGCUUUCUAAGAAAACACUCAAGCUUGUUCGUAGAGCGGCUGAAAACAAGUGCAUAAAGAGAGGAGUAAAGGAGGUGGUUAAGAGUAUAAGGCGAGGUCAAAAAGGUGUUUGUGUUAUAGCUGGUAACAUAUCGCCAAUCGAUGUCAUCGCUCAUGUUCCUGUUUUGUGUGAAGAGGCUGAGAUUCCAUAUGUAUACGUCCUAUCUAAAGAAGACCUUGCAACCGCAGCAGUAACUAAGAGGCCCACUUGUUGUGUUCUAGUGAUGACAAAGCCUUCAAAGGGUGAACUAGAACAAGGAGUACAAGAGAAACUAAAAUCAGAGUUUGAUCAAGUUGCAUCCGAAAUCACUGAACUUUUUCAAUCAUUUGAUUGGGUUUAGCUAUUUUUCUAUUUUCUUAUUAUAAAGGUUGUUGAUGUCUUGUCUUUUGAUCAAUCCCUGGUAUCAAACGAGGGAAACUGAAAAUUCUCACCUAUCUUGAUUAGUUAGAUUCACUUCUCACCUUUCUGAACUAUCAUUAUUUACUUUGAAGUUUGUGUUUUUUGUUGUUUGGAUCGGUUUAAAUAUUAAUACCCCUAUUAUUUUGA